AAAAAAUGAAUAAAAGAUAUGUAUAUAUAUAAAAUCACAUCUACAGUUUUUCUCCAGUAAUCAAGAAAUGAGUAUCCUAGGCAAGUUUUUAACUCUGGUAAUUGCCAUUUUUGCGACUUUGGCAUCCACACAUUACAUUACAACUCCAAGUCCAAACUCUUCAUUGCUUAAGCAAGAAUACCAGUACUACUACCACCACCUCAUUGAUAAUCUGUUUAGUGGUUUGACCACCUUGUCAUCAUCAUCACCACCCAUUAUUACCACACUUCUUGAACCAAUUAGCCAACUCCUCUACGGCCAGAGCCACCACAACCUCAAGCACAACCUCAAGGAGCUAAUAAGAGUUGGAGGAUCUAUUUGUGAUGAUUUUCCACCUGAUAUACCACCUUCUGAUACCAACACUACCUCAUUUCUCUGCGUUGAUCCAAAUGGCUGCUGUAACUAUACAACUGUCCAAUCAGCCGUGGAUGCAGUAGUUGGAGGAGUUCCCACCCUGAAUAAAAGAACCAUGAUAUGGAUCAACUCUGGCAUAUACUUUGAGAAAGUGAUUGUUCCAAGAACCAAACCAAAUAUUACAUUUCAAGGACAAGGAUACCUGUCAACUGCAAUUGUGUGGAACGACACUGCCAAUUCUUCGCAUGGCACCUUUUAUAGUGGCUCAGUUCAAAUUUUUGCUGCAAACUUUAUUGCCAAGAACAUAAGUUUCAUGAAUGUAGCUCCGAUUCCAAGCCCUGGAGCAGUGGGAGCACAAGCAGUAGCGAUUAGGAUAGCAGGAGACCAAGCUGCAUUUUGGGGUUGCGGAUUCUUUGGAGCCCAAGACACCCUUCAUGAUGAUAGGGGUCGCCAUUACUUCAAAGAUUGCUAUAUCCAAGGUUCAAUUGACUUCAUAUUUGGCAAUGCUAGGUCCUUGUAUGAGAGUUGCCAGCUGAGUUCGAUUGCGAACCCAGUGGCACUAGGGGCGAAGGUGAUAAACGGAGUAGUAACGGCGCAUGGAAGAGCUUCAAAGGAUGAAAACAGCGGAUUUUCAUUUGUGAACUGCAGUGUGGGAGGGACUGGAAGAAUAUGGUUAGGUAGAGCAUGGAGGCCCUUCUCCACAGUGGUCUUUGCUUACACACAAAUGACUGAUAUCAUUGCUCCUGAGGGAUGGAACGAUUUCAAUGACCCCACCAGAGACCAGACCGUUUUCUAUGGAGAGUACAUGUGUGGAGGUGCAGGAGCUAAUAUGACUUUGAGGGUGCCAUAUGCCCAAAGACUGAAUGACACACAAGUUUCUCCUUUCCUCAAUGCGUCUUUCAUUGAUGCAGAUCAGUGGCUGCAACAAUAACCAUAACACAUAUAUAUUCUCUAAUUCUAUCCAAUGUAAUUAAUAUGCUAGCGAAUGUGAUGUUUGAUAAUGUAAUUCAACACUUCCAAUUGAAUAUAUUAAGUAAAAAUUCAUUAAGCUCCUUUGA